CCGCAACCUUACUCAUCCUUUGCUUAUGCCCAAAUCAUCACCACCAUAACCCAAGUGCCAGGGAAACGCAGCCGCAUACAAAUGCACCCUCCUGCCCUGCUCAUUGGGCAAUCUCGCUGCAGCAGCAGCAGCAGUCAGUCAGACAGACGCUCUCAGAGGCCCUUCGAGAUUCACUCUGAGACCCAGUGCUGCUCACAAGUACUGCUCUGAGUACGGCAUCGUCCUAAGUGUGAGCAGUUGGCAUUGCACACAAGUGGGUGGGAGGGGUAGCCGAACCUCUCCAGCACCUCUGAGCUCCAUCUUGUGGCCUGCAAGUAAAGCAUUCCGAACCUUUGCAAUCUUCUUCUUCUGAAGCCAGGCUCUCUUUCUGUACUCCACCCCCCAGCUCCGCCUCUCUUUGAGCUGCUAGCACUCGAGAGUACCCACCCAUCCUUCGAUCCACCUCGCAGAGAGCAAGAAAGGUGGAGACAUUUCACUGACAUUGCCGGGAAAGUGCUUGAGGGAGGAAGUCAAGUGGGGGAGAGAGUGAGUGCCCACAUUGUCUCGAGGUUCUUAGUUUCCAGCCUCCCUAAAAGUCACUCCCUGCCUCCCUCCAUUCCUUCCAUUCCAUUCUGCUUCCUAGAAACUGAUUGACACAUUGAAUCGAAGGUUCUUCUGUCCUGGGCAAAUGACGACGAGGAAAUGCAGCAGGAAUUUACUGCUCACUGCGUUUCUGCUGCUGACUACGUACAAUGCGGAGGCUGCUCCAGACAUCGGUACAGACUUCUACGUAACAUGGGCAGAUAGGCUCGUGGAAUCACCUGAUGGCGGCAAGACCAUUACUCUCAGUCUUGACUACAACUCUGGCUCAGCCAUCGGAACGACGAACAAGUACAUGUUCGGCUACUUCAGCGCGGACAUCAAGCUGGUCGGUGGGAAUUCAGCAGGCACGCUUGCCACUUUUUACCUGAAAUCCAUCGGCGAGUACGCCGUGCACGACGAGCUGGACUUCGAGUUCUUGGGCAACAGCAGCGGGCAGCCCUAUGCUCUGCAGACGAACGUGUUCGCCAACGACCUCGGAGGACGAGAGCAGCGCAUGAACCUCUGGUUCGACCCCACCGCAGGAUUCCACAAUUACGCCAUUCUCUGGAACCGGCACAUGAUCAUAUUCUACGUGGACAGCACGCCGAUCCGAGUGUUCCCCAACAACAACCGACUCGGAGUGAAUUACGUGCAGAGCAACCCCAUGAAGCUGUACUCGACCAUCUACAACGCCGACGACUGGGUGACGCAAGGCGGCAAGGUGAAGAUCGACUGGAGAUGGGCUCCGUUCCGCGUCACCUUCAAGAACUACAACCUGCAAGGCUGCGCGUCUCAGAUGAGCGGGGCCACGCAGUGCUCCACCUCGUGGUGGGAUGAGCCCCGGUACUGGAGCCUGACCACGGGACAGUACGACGGCAUCAAGUACAUCCAGCAGCGCUACGUGACUUACAAUUACUGCACCGAUCUGAGACGCAAUCCCACUCCCCCUCCUGAAUGCGCUAACACCUAAGAAUUUUGACCCCAUCUCCAUCGAUCCAUCGAUCCAUCCAUUCAUCUAUUCAUCGCCUUGCAACCUUCGCUCCGCCUCGAUCCGAAAGUGUUCUGCAAUACAUUCUUGUACUAUGCUCUAUUCUACUUUAGAAAGUGCUUUCCAAUAAGGUCAAGAGCAACGAUUCAUUGAUCAGCUUGCUUAUAGGGGGUUAUACCAUAGAUUCAUUUAUUUUUUCAUAUCCAUUGUGAGGUGGAUAUUUCUCCCUUCACCAGAAAAAAGGGAAAAAAAAUUAAAGAGCCUGAGAUUCAGCUGUUAAU